AACAGCUGUUUUAUAGCAUGUGGCCAUUCUGUUAGUUAACUUUUUUGAAUUAUAUAAAAACAGAAAAAAGUGUUAAAUUUUUCGGAAAGUAACAAAUUGAAAUAAUCAUGUUUAAUACAUUCCUUCGUGUAGGAAGUCGAUCAGUUUUUAAAGGAUUACAAGUACCACAGUAUGAAGUUGCAGCACAAAGGCUAGCUUCUUUUACAGUACGAAAUAUCUUAAAUGAAACGUCUGACGAAACCGGCACAUUGUUUACACGUUUUGCAAAGCAUGUAGCAUUCGAAUUACAGAAAGAUGCUCCAAUAGUGCCCACAAUGAUCAGGUAUGCUGAUUAUUUUCCAAUCAGUGACAUACGUUACCUACACAGAGAGCUGGCUCGAUUAUCUCCUGAUCAACUGCCAGCUUUAAUAGUAUACGCAGUCAACUACAGAGCUGGUGCUGAUUUAAAUAAGUAUGCCACAUUAUUGAAUGAGUUAGAUGCGACAGCCGUAAGGCUGCUUCCAAGGAUGGAACUGGACACAAUUCUACGAACGUUGUAUGCUUUUCUGUAUCUCAUGCCCAACUGGAUUACGAAAAUAGAUUUUUACAAUGCAGCAAUGAAACAUAUAAUAGCGGUGGGGAUUGCCGAAGAUACACCAAAAGAAAAAUUUGUACAAAUAUGUUUCUAUUUGGGUUUGGAGAAAAAUCGUAGAGCUACAAACGUUGUAUCAUUUUCAAAUUUUCUGAAGGAUCAUUUAGAGACAUAUCUACCAAAAUUAACUACUUUGGAUUUGAUAAUAGUUGCAAAUGCAGCAUUCAAAACAUCAACUCGUAUAGAAAGCGAUACAUUUAAUAGUCGCUUAAUUGAAGAAACACUGAAACUCUCACUUAAUGAUUCUACCAACGACGCACUCUUAGUCACCUUAAUUAAAGCCAUGCGAUUUCAGCGAAUUCAUUCUAAGGAGGUGUGUGAGCACCUUACAAAGUACUGCUCUGAAGAUAUUGUGGAGAGGCUUCAAUUACGUGGUUGCAUUCACUUAUUCGCUUACUUUGCAGAUAAUCUUUGGGAUGAUGAGAAUUCCAUUGAAUCUGUGAUUGAUCAAUGUUUUCAACGAAUAGUUUCUUCGCGGAAGUUUGAUAUGCACGCUGAAAAUGUUCGUUGUAAAGACAUCGCCACAUAUCUGUGGUGCUGUGCACAACUUAACUGCAAAUUAUCCACAUCUGAUCUGCAAUUAAUUGAAUCAACGCUAUUAAAUAAAGUUGAUCAAAAUGAAUUUAAAAACUUUGUGGAUCAAUUAGUUGAUAGCUGUUUGUCCUUGUGGUCAUUGGGCUACAAAUCACGCGAACUUAUUGAAGAAGCGGUGAACCUGAAGCUAAAUGCGCGUUUUACGAACAAAAAAGAUCUAAGAGAUUUACCUAAAGUCGAAAGUCGCUUUCAGGUGCUUCUCUCAGCAAUAAGCAUAGAAGAACCUAAAUGGCAGUUCAAAAAUAUAAAAGGAUCUACGGAAGCAAGAAUCGAUAAAGAAGCACCGCCCUAUUUACUGAAAGACCGGCAAGUGUUGGUGGAUAUGUCGAAGAAAAUUGCAGAACACUCCGAUGUACAAUCUACACAAUUAGUCUGUCCAAUUAGUGGUAUAAAUAUUCCCAGCAUUCUAGUGAGUUAUAAAGAACCUGCUAAUUUGAGAGUAUUUGUGGAGCUAAUUCCAAAGGAGCAGCAGUUGAGAUUUAGUAAGUCUCCUAUUGGAUUAAUAGGUCUAAAGACUCGAUUAUUAUCAUCUCUGGGAUAUAAAGUCAUAACAAUAACUGAGUCUCAGUAUAAUGAGGAUGAAAUUAGUUUAGCAUUUUUGGCGCAUAAUAUCGAAGACAGUGAAAUUCCGAAAACUCAAUCAUUAAACGCUUAAAAAUUAAUUUCAAAUGUGAUUAUGUUAUCAAUUAUGUAAGGAUUGUACCUGCAAUAAGAAAAUAUUAUAUUAGUAUGAGUAUAAUUUACCAAAAAAAACAACAUUUUAUGGGUAAUAAUUUGUAAUAAAUACAUACUGAUUCGGAACAAUUUACUGAUCAAUACUAUAUAAAGGAAUAUAGAAAUAGUCCAAAUACAAUUUAUCAAGAAGAAAAGUAU